AUUUACCUAGUACUCCGUUGCGAUGAUUUUCAUUGACUUGCAAUCAACCUUAACGGGCCAAGCAGGCUUAAGGCGAGGAGGUAUUAGAACAAUCCUUGUUUGCAUCACUAUGUGCUGAGUUAUGGUGCUUGACGUAUAAAACUAUUUUGACAUAGAAUAGGUAGGCGACUGUGUCCCUCGCUCGCUUCUCAAGCCGUUCAGAGCAAUCCUCGACACAGCAAUAUGGGCAAGGUCAGAUAGCGAAAGGGAUACUUUCAACGAUGCUAUGCCGAAGGAUCAGCCCGGUCCAGCAGCUGCAGUUGCUGGCGCCGCUGUUGCUCCUGCUCUUGCCGCUGCCAGCGCUGGGACAGCAAGUCUGCCUGGAGGCAGCGCAGAGGAAUGCUCUUCUAUCAUUCUACAGCGCUACAGGAGGCCCCGCUUGGAUUCGCCGGGAAAAGUGGAACACGUCGGAGACUUGCACGUGGACUCAUCGCAAUUUUGACACCUCGGCGCCCCUGACAUCCUAUGGAACAGUCGAUCUGCCUAGCCACUGCUGUUGGGACGGCGUAAAAUGCUGCGUCUCCGAGGUUGACGUCCCACUCUUUGCUUCUUGCACCCAGUACCAGUGCAAUUGCACAAUCGGCCUGGUAACCGGCCUUGCGGUCGGCCGCAACGGCCUAACAGGGCGUCUCGAGGAAGCUCUGAGCCCCGCCGUCUUGCAGGACCUAGGCUGCGAGCUGCGGCUGCUGUUCCUCGGUGGAAACGCGCUGAGCGGCCCUCUACCGGAGGCGCUGACUGGGCUGCCGGACCUGCGCUUGCUAACAGUGGCCAGCAACCGCCUGGACGGGACCCUGCCCGCCUCCCUCUCCCGCCUCUCCCUGCUGGAGGAACUGGACCUCUCCAGCAACCGCCUUACGGGCUCCGUUCCCAGGGAGCUGUGCGGCGGCAACACCCGCUUCAGCCCCCUGCGCGACCUCAUGCUCUCCAACAACAACCUAACGGGGGAGCUGAACCUGCUGGAAUGCGAUUCGCUGAUCAAUCUAGACAUGCAGAACAACAACCUGUACGGCAACUUGCCGGAUUUCUCGUCGUACCGGCAGUUACACAUCCUGCGGCUGGGCAACAACUCCUUCAGCGGCCCCAUUUCGCCGCCGCCGUUUGACUUGCGGAUGUUGGUGGUUCUGGACCUGUCGGAUAACUACCUCACCGGCACCAUUCCCAACCUGGUUGGCAACGGCAGCCACCUCACGCUCGUACGGCUGUACGGCAACCUCCUGACCGGCAGCGUCCCGGCCGACAUCUUCUCGCUGGGCAGUCUGGGCAACGUCAUGCUGCAGAACAACAAGCUGGCGGGGACACUGCCCGAGAACAUCGGCUCGCGGGCUGGUCAACUUGCAGCUCCGCAGUAACUUCCUGUACGGCAGCCUGCCUGAGUCACUCAGCAGCCUGGCGAUUAGUAAGGCUAGUGUGGAUUUGUCGCUGACCAACCUCUCCUGCUGCGGCUACGACUGGGACGGUCAUGGGUACAGGCACUUCAACUACAGCCGGCCGCGGCUGCCCGCCUUCCUGGGCCUCUCACCCAACGAGGCCCGACCCGUGGUUGACACCGGUAGCCUCAGCUUUGCGAACAUGAGGUGCCCCUACCUUACCCUGGCAGCGGGCGGCGCACCCCCCGGCACCUCCAACGCUGUCGUACCGCUGGCUGACGGUUCGUACGGCACCGCUCUGUACUACUACGGCAAUGGAUCCAAACCGCUUCCCAUGCUGCCCAACACAACCGCCAACAUCGAAGCUUCAAAUGUGCUGUACUGGGGAUUGGAUCCAGAGUACUACAUGUACGAAGGUUGCUUCUGUACGGAGGGCUUCCGCGGUCGCUGGAUCCAGCCCACGGAGGGGGUUCCCUCCAUGGGGCCCCGGCUGGUGUGUGUUCACAUACCCAACCCAUGGUUCCGCGCCUACCCCUGGAUCCUGGUGCUGGUGGUGGCGGGGGGCCUGCUGGCG